CAUCGAUGAAUUGAUAAACAAGCGAAGGGUUGGGCGUCAUCUUCAUCCAUCCAUCACCACACCCAUUCGUCAAUGGCAGCAGCAGCAGCAACAGCAGCAGCUCUGAUGAUGGCCCACCACCACCAUCAUCAUCUCCUGAGACCUGCAUUUCCCUUCCUUCCCAAGCUUCUCCAUCAGUCUUCCUCUUUCUUACUUACUCUCCCCACCUCAUUCCGUCGCCGUUUCUUCUGCACUCGCUCUUCUCUCACUCACCCUCACAUCUCUUCUUCCGUCGUUGAUGACUUUCAAGUCGAGGCCGAGUACGAGGACGCGGACACCGAACAACCACAACCACAAGAAGAGGAAACAACAGCAGCAGCAGCAGCAGCGAUCACAGAUUCCAUCAGAAGAACUAUAGUAGUGCCCGUUGCCGCUUCUUCUUCUUCUUCUUCGUCGUUGCCACUGCCGAACCUUAGCAUUAAGGAAAAGAAAGAACUGGCCUCGUACGCCCACAGCCUCGGGAAGAAGCUCAAAUGCCAACAGGUCGGCAAGUCCGGCAUCACUCCGUCAGUUGCAGCGGCUUUCGUCGAGAACCUUGAGUCCAACGAGCUCUUGAAGGUAAACCCUCUCACUAAUUUGAGUGUCAUGCAUUCAUGUAUUUGAGGAUUUAUGUGAAUUUCUAGUGGUGGAUAUCGAUAGUGCCCUCGAGUUUUCGUUGUUGUACAAGUGGGUUUUUGGUUAUCUUGGUAUGAUGGGUCCCAUAUGGAAUGGGGCAUGCUUCCAUCAUGGUUACUGAAAAACUCGUUUAGGGGCUGUUUGGAUUGGGGGAAUUUGGAUGGCCUGGAAAUUUCGUUUACCAUGUAUUGUUUUUUUUUUUUUUUUUGAAGAUGAGAAUUUUAUUGAAGGCCACCAAAGGGCAUGAAACACAACCUUAAAAAAAAGAAGAAGAAAGCCCCUCCUUAGCAGGUAGAAAGCCCCAAAGAAAAGAGGAGCUAAGGAGCACAAUCUCUAACAAAACCAAAACCCUCGGAAAAGCCCCUCCUUGGAGACACUAUGGUUGGCAACGGUUGUUUCUUUCUGCCCAAACUGCCCAAAGAACAGCCAUAUGGAUAGUUCUCCACUUCUUUUUUCCAAGGGCUCCUCCAGUGCCUUGGUGCCAAGUGCAAAACAUAUCGUCCACGUAUUUAGGGAAGACCCACUUAAUCCCUGCCAACCUCAGGACACUCCACCAAAUAUCUGUAGUGAAGGUAUAGUGCAAGAAAAGAUGAUCCACUGUUUCUUUUGCAUUUAGGCAUAGAAGGCUAACAUUUGGGAGUUGCAUGCCUCUCGUCCUAAGGUUGUUGAUAGUGAGUACUAUAUUCCUUCCUAGGAGCCAACCAAACGCUGCAACUUUUGGUGGCACUCCGUAAUUCCAAAUGGAUCCAGUAUGCAAGCAAGAGGAGUUUGAAAGAUAUCUGUAGAUGGAUUGGACUGUGAACUUUCUGGAGGAAGCUAACUUCCAGCAAGGAGAGUCAUCCGAGGUCAAAGAAGGAUGGAAGCGAGUAUCCUGCAGGAAAGAUAACAACAUUAGGAACUCCUCUAAUUAUGAAUUUGAAAGGUUCCUACGAAAGG